AUGUCACCCUCUCGAGCUUUCUGGAACAACCCAUUGGGUCCCAAAACAACUCACUUUUGGGGGCCUAUUGCUAAUUUUGCAGUUGUUGGUGCUGCAUUGAUAGACACACAGAACCCUCCAGAGAUGAUAUCUGGCAACAUGACUACAGUAAUGUGUGUAUAUUCAGCAUUGUUCAUGAGGUUCGCCUGGGUGGUGCGGCCCCGCAAUUAUCUGCUUCUACUAUGUCAUGCCUCCAAUGAGACAGUGCAGCUCUAUCAGCUUUCUCGUUUUGUGAAGGCCCAGGGGUACUUGGACCAAAAGAAAGAGGAAGCUAAAGAACAGUAG